AUGAGUGACUCGUUCGUGCUGUUUAUGGCUGGAGCAAAUGCUGUGGGAGAGCAGAGGGCUCGCUGGGAGAGAAAGCGCAGCCGGACAGCCAAGGAGCUGCUGGAAACCGAACACAAAUACCUUGAGCAGCUGGAUUUGGUGGUCACAUUCUUUGUGACAAUUUUAAAGGCCAAAGGGACGCUGAAACCUGCUGUGCUGGAAGCCGUAUUUGGACCCCUGGAAUCCAUAUAUUCAGCCAGCCAUGUUCUGUCGCUUCACCUGGAGAGGGGGAAUUUGGGACCUGGAUUGGAAAAUUUCUGUCAGAAUCUGGAGCUUUAUGGCCACUAUGCUGAAAAUUUGGAACAGGCAAAUAAAACCUUGAAG